AUGCCUGAGCCGCCAACUCCAACACCAGUGGCUCGAUCGUCGCCCCCAACGCUCCCUGAGAUCAAGGUCGAGGCCAAUAGCCCUGUUGCGGCCGCCGCGCCCUCACCUAAGCGUGGAGUCCACUUUGCGGAGGAGGACAAGAAGGACGACAUGGUGCCGCUCGGCUACGUGCUGCGCGCACGACAGCGCAAGGCGGAGAAGGCCAAAUUUCUGCGCGAGGAGCAGGAGAAGCGGAAGGCCGAGAUCGAGCGGGCGCGGCUCGAGGCAGAGCGCCUCCAGCGCGAGAAGGAGCGCGCAGAGUGGGAGCGCGAGCGGGCCGCGUGGGAGAAGGAGAAGCGGGCGAUCGAGGUGGAGCGGAAGAAGCGGCUGUACCAGCAAGAGGUCGUUGCGGCCCGACAGCGUCGGGAGAGUCAGCGGUUUGGCCACGGCAUGACACCGAGUUCGUCGGCGGGCUCGCUGCGCGAAUCUGAAUCGCCGCAGCGGGACAGCAAGCGCUACUCGCGUCCUGCGUACGAUAACUCUGGGAAGCAGGGGUCCGAGUCUGGC